GUGUGCGAGAAACAGAAAGACAGAGGGAAAAAAAGAGAGAAAGAGAGUGUGCUGGAGAAAGAGAGUAGGGUGGUACUUUAUGUCAUCAGCGAGACUCAGAGCUUUCCAGUAUUGUGCCGUUUCCUCCUCUUCCUCUCAAUGGUUGGACUGGUAUCCCUGUGGGCUGAGCAUUCUGCUCCCGCACGCUAGGACCACUGCUGCUCCACAAUCAGGACUUCAUUUGACCGUGUUUGUGCCAGUGUGUGAACGUGUGUUUGUCCGUGUCUGUGGCUGCUUGUCUGCUUGGAUGUGUGUGAGUGUGCAUGUCACAGAGGAGAGAGGCUGCAGCUGGACUCACAGUGUAGGUCUGUGAACCUGGUCGGGUCUUCCUCUUCUCUCUCCGUGGCUGUCCGAGCUGGUCUCUCCCGUGGUGUGGCAAGGGGCAGAGGCUCUGUCCUGCUCUCCACCUGGCCUCCAUGAGUUUAUCUGAGGACACACAUCUCCUCCCAGGAAGAUGGGAAAUGCUUCAGACUCAACCCUAUUUGUCUCAACUAUCUCUAAGGAGUAUGAUAUCCUCAUGGGUACAUUGUAUAUCCUGUUCUGUGUUAUGUCACUACUGGGGAAUGGUGUCCUGCUACUUGUUGCAUAUCAGAAGCGGUCGACCUUGAAGCCGGCUGAGUUCUUCAUAAUUAACCUGGCCAUCAGCGACCUUGGGAUGACCAUGUCUUUGUUCCCUCUUGCCAUUACUUCAGCUUUUGCUCAUAGGUGGAUGUAUGAUGAGGUUACCUGCCAGAUAUAUGCUAUGUGUGGGGUUCUGUUCGGUCUGUGCAGCCUGACCAACCUCACAGCCCUCUCAUCUGUUUGCUGCCUCAAAGUCAGCUUCCCCAACUACGGUAACAAAUUCUCCUCGUCUCACGCCUGCCUCCUGGUGGCUGGAGUGUGGUGCUACGCCUCUGUGUUUGCUGUUGGCCCCUUGGCACAUUGGGGACGCUAUGGGGCGGAGCCUUACGGCACAGCCUGCUGCAUCAACUGGCAUGCUCCCAACAACGAACCGACGGCCAUGUCUUACAUCGUCUGCCUCUUCCUCUUCUGCUAUGCUCUGCCAUGCACCAUCAUCUUCCUCUCCUACACCUUCAUCCUGCUGACAGUACGUGGCUCCCGACAGGCCGUCCAGCAGCACGUAUCGCCCCAGACCAAGACCACCAACGCUCACGCCCUCAUUGUGAAGUUGUCGGUGGCAGUGUGUAUUGGCUUCCUGGGUGCAUGGAGUCCUUACGCUGUGGUGGCCAUGUGGGCAGCCUUUGGGGAUGCCACUGCCGUACCUCCGGUUGCCUUUGCUCUGGCAGCCAUCUUUGCCAAGUCCUCCACCAUCUACAACCCUAUUGUGUACCUACUUUGCAAACCUAACUUCCGUAAGUGUCUGUACCGAGACACAUCCACGUUCCGUCAGAAGAUCUGCAGGGGCAGUCCUCGUCUUGAGCAAGCCGAUCCUUUUGGAUCCACCUCCCAACGCAACAACAAGGACAUGAGCAUUUCUACACGCUUCUCCAAUGGACAGCCAGAGUGCCACGGGGUGUGUCUGCACUGUGCUGAGGAAGGAACGCCACACGGUCACUCGGACACGCCCCAGAAGACUGCAUGCAUGAUGACAGGCUCCACCUUCACUGCGGUGACUGUGGGUGAGCUCUCGGCCAAACUGCAGUCUGAAUUCCUAUAGGGCAUCAUCCUCUCUGAGGAAGACAAGGAGAGACAGA